AUGGUGAAGCGGAUCCCGACGCCCAAGGGCGACGAGUCGACAUUGAUCAUCGACGUCAACCCUUGGCACAGGAUACCACUGGUUUUCAUCAACUUGUUCCUCUUCGCCUUCAGCUGCAUGGUUGCCUUCAUAUGUGUGACGUCCAUAUACGAUCGGCGCGAGCAGAUCUCGUUCGCCAACCGGUCGCUGCUCAUCAGUUUCGUGGUGAACAUGGAAAUCUCGGUGCUGUUCAUCUCCGCUCUCGUGCUUGCCAUCACCUUCUUGGGAUUCGUCGGUGCUCUGCGCGAGAACAUACGCUUCCUUGCCUGGUACAUCAAGGGAAUCUGUCUGCUGACGAUCAUCACCGUGAUUUUCAUCUUCGGUGCCUUGAUCAUCCCCUUCCUCAGCAAGAACAGUGCCCAGAGUUUGUUCAGCAUCGACCUCAUCAUAAGCUACCGGGACAACCCAGACUACGCGCGGCUCGUCGAUUACGCUCAGGCAUCGUUCAGCUGCUGCGGCAUCACAACCGAACGAUACCACGACUGGGGUCACAACAUCUACUUCAACUGCUCGCCGUCGAAUCCGAGCACGGAGCGUUGUUCGGUCCCCGCCUCCUGCUGUCGUCCGCUGGAAGGUGAGACCCCGAACCUGGAGACGCGACUGAAGCGCCGCUUCUGUGGCUCCGGAGUGCUGGCCAUCUCUGAACAGGAAGCCUGGCAAAAGGUGACUAUGCAAGGAGUUUACACGCAUGACUGUCAUCCGGCUCGCACUCCCCCACGUCCCUUGCCCCUUAAGAGCACAUACUUGACAAACUCAACCUUGAACAUUGUUACGAAGGCGGCUGACCAGUCGUAA